UACUGCGCCCACGAUCCACGUAACACCGCACCGCAUCAGACUCGUGAAGAAAGUGACGCUAAGCGGACAACAGCACCAGUACCAGCACCAGGGCAAGCCGCGUAAACAAGUUCGCAAGAUGCCGAAGUCGUCGACACUAUCGUUGGCCAUGCGGUCAAAGUCGGGAGGAAAAGAGAACAACACUGCUCCCUUGAGCCCACAUAGCCCGCGAUCCCCGAGCAUACCAGAAUUCCAGUCGCCAAGCGCACCGUUUCACAACACGCCAGAAUCGCCGGCCUCACCAAAGCCACGGAAAGACUCGAAGAACAUAUUCUCAAACUUCGGCGCGACCAAGUCCUCGUCACGACUCAACACACAAGACAGUGCAAACAGGCAAUACACUGCACACCAACCAUCGCCAACGUUAUACACCAACGGACGGGGUGGCUCCUCGACGCCAGACUUGAGUCGUCCCGUUCGAACACCCAACUCUGAUGACAACCGUUCAGAGAUCGUCCGUCUCGACCAGCGCACCGGCUCCGGCAAAUCGAACGAAUCGGAUGCCCACGCAGACGCAAGCAAGACGAAGGGGACGAAAUCCAAGAAGCAGGGUGCGCUCUUCCGCUCAAAGUCGAUCAAAGGGGACGAGAAUGCAAACUCCCGUGGCAAACUCAACAAAGCCCCUCCAGGCCAGCUUUCACCAGACCUUGGAACAAACUGGACUACUGCAAACGGAGAUGGCACGCCGCUCAAGAAUGCACCUAUGGACAAGGGGAAAACGUGGGGCAACAAAUCCUCCUUUGGAAAACUCAGAACACAUUCGGCCGACCGCCAUGAUGCAGGACAAUUAGUCCACCGCGAGAGUGAAAACGGUCCAGCUGCUCUACGGAGGGAUAAGAGUGAGCAAGGCUCGUUACAAUCCAGCUCCUACAACGACAACAAGGGUGCUUCGCUCAUGUCAAGUCUUGGAUCUGGCGCUCGCAAGAUGGGAGACAAGAUGGAUUCAGCUCGCAAAGGUAUCUUUGGUAAGCUGGGACGCAGCCACAGCAACCACGAGAGCCCUACACACGUCUCGAACGAGCCUUACGUAUACACGAUCAUCCACACACCCCUUGUCGAACAGACAAGAUUGACCAGGAUAUCGACCAGGCUGGAGCAGUCGAGAGACAAGACGGAGUUCUGGAUGCCAGCGCUACCUUGGCGCUGCAUCGACUACUUGAACAUGCGAGGUUGCGAGGAAGAAGGCCUCUACCGCGUUCCUGGUUCUGCUCAGCAGGUCAGAUACUACGAGCGAAAGUUCGACCAAGACCGCGAUAUCGACCUCAUCUCCGACGACAAUCUCAAUGACCCGAACGUCAUUGGGUCGUUGUUCAAGAACUGGCUCCGUCAACUUCCUGAUGAGAUCUUCCCCAAGGCGAUCCAACACCGCAUCCAGCAAGAGUGUCAAGGCGCCAAAACCACACCUCAGAUGUUGAAGGACGAGCUGUCCAAGCUGCCUCCGUUCAACUACUACCUUCUUUUCGCCAUCACCUGCCACAUCAGUCUUCUCCACUCGUGUUCUGAGUUCAACAAGAUGAACUACAACAACUUGUGCAUCUGCUUCCAGCCGGCCAUCAAGAUCGAUGCGUUCUGCUUCCAGUUUCUGAUUUUGGACUGGCGUAACUGCUGGCAGGGCUGCUGGACGGAGAAGGAGUACUUGACUGAGGAGCUCAACUACCUGAGUGCGUUGGAGAACGAGAUAUCAGAGCCACCGCUGCCGACACCUAGCCGCAAUGGUCAGGCGCAGCCGUCUGGCAGGAGCAAGAGCUCGCACGCAUCGCCUAGCAUUGCACAAUCCCGGAAGUCUACGUCAACCAGAAGCAACUCAGGCGAUCAGAGCAAGCUGUCUGCUCGCGCACCGUCUUCGGACAGGAACGGACGCGCCACGCCGCCCAACUUGCCACCGAGAGAUGUAGACAUGCCACCCCAGUCGGCGCCGCGCCUGCGCAAUGAGCACCGCGAGUACGACUCGUUGGCAGAAAGAGCAAUAUCGACAUCUGACGGACUGAACAUUCGAGGCGCUCCUACACGCCCACCUCCAUCAGUCAGUGCCCAGAACUCGGUCGACAGGAACGACGGCGGAACACCUAAACAAGCAGUGCACGCCCGCGGGGCUUCGGAUACACAGUUUCGUUUGGACCUGAGCAACCCGCCCAGCUCACCUUUUAAUAUCAAGUUUUAAUGGAUGCACAGACACAUGGCGGAUAUUGCUCGCGCAUGAGCUGACGACAAAAGGGUGGUUGGAUCUGGUCUUCAAGUUUCGUAUUUCUGUUGCUUUGUGAGCUGCCACGAGGUUCGCGAUACCCAUGCACCGAUUC